AUGGCAAAGUUCAACUCCAGAGCACUUUCGGCUAUACACACCAAUGUUACAAAGAAACACUUUGAGCUGAUUCAAGGAUGUGGGACCACCAAGGAAGCAUGGGAAAUACUGCAAACUCACUUCGAAGGAACGUCAAAAGUGAAGAGCUCACGACUGGAUUAUCGAGCAUCCAAGUUUAAAAAUCUCAAAAUGGGUGAAAGUAAAUCAGUUGAAGAAUUCAGCUCACAGCUCAGUGGCAUAGCUCAAGAAUCCUUGGCAGCUAUGUCAGUCUCACUGAACACAGAUGAGAUAAGCUUUGAUGAAGUAGUAGGGAUGCUGAGAGCACAUGAAAUGAAAAUUGACGGAGGAAAGAAAGGAAAGGGAGUUGCACUGGUAUCACAAGAGUCAGAUGACAGAGAAGAUGACAAUGAUCCAGUAAGCAUGCUUGUUAGGCGAUUUGACAGAGUCCUUCGCAGAGUCGAAUCAGGUCAGAGAAGAGGAAGUACAUCACAACGUGCUGCAGAAGGUGAGAAACGAACAUUUGAGUCAGAAAAGAACGAUCAUAAAGCGGAGAUUCAGUGUCAUGAGUGCAAGGGGUAUGGACAUUACAAAGUUGAUUGUCCAACUGUUCAAAGGAGAGAAAUCAAGUGCUACAAGUGCAAAGGAAUUGGACAUACUCAACUGGAAUGUGUCAACGAUCAGAAGAGGAGACAUGAAAAAUCUAUAAUCGGAAUUGAUGAGAUAGACUCAGAAGAAGACAGUGAUGAAGAGGAGCUGGCUAACUUUGUAGUAUUCAUUGGCAUCACAGAGUUUGUGGAAGGAGUACCGAUACUGAUGAUGCUCAGUCAAGUGCAGAUGGUGAUGAUGGAAUUAGCUAUCAAGAACUGUGAGAAAAGCUGGCUGGAAGACACAGUGAUAAACCUCAGGAAAGAACUUGAUGAUGAAAGAAAGAAGGAGGCAAGUAACUCAGAUCUGAAAAAGGAGAAUGUACGACUUGCUGUUCAUAUUAAGUUACUAGAGAAACAAGUGAAAGACGAGAAGGCUCGAUCAUCAGACUUAAAUGCCAAGCUGGAACAUCAUUACAAGACUGUCAGAAUGCUCUCUGGGUCAAAGGAACUUGCUAAAAUCUUGAGUCUGGGAAGACAGGAUCAGCCUUCUCGAGGUCUAGGAUACACUGGGUAUGGAGAGAGUGAUACAGAACCCAUCAAAUUUGUGCCAAGCUCCAACUCCAUGGGGAGAACAACAACUGAAGGUACUACCUCAAAGACUGGUGCUGAGAAAGUUAAGAAUCUCCAGAAGGUGGGACAAUCAGAGAUUCAGCAGGAGAUAGGAUGUUACUACUGUGGAAAACUGGGUCACAUCAAGAAGAAAUGCUAUCACUUUCGGGAAAAAGUAAAUCAGUUUAUGAGACAAGGAAGAGGUCCAAGAUGUAGCAUGGCACUUGUGUCAGAAGCAGUGGCAUUGAUAUCCAAGGAUGAAAAUCCAUGGUACUUCGACAGUGGUUGCUCUCGUCAUAUGACAGGAACACGCAAGAAUCUCAGAGAGAUAAAGCUGUUGAAAGGAGGUAGAGUCACAUUUGGAGAUGGAAGCCAAGGAGCAAUCAAAGGCAAGGGAAUGAAUGUUGAAACCAAACCACCUCUGAAGGAUGUGUUUUUGGUCAAGGGAUUAAAAUCAAACCUAAUCAGAAUCAGUCAAUUGUGCGAUGAAGGGUUGAUAGUUCACUUCACAAAGAGAGAGUACAAAGCCGUGAAUGAGGAAAACAGAGUCAUGCUCCAUGGAGUACGAUCUGCUAACAAUUGCUAUUUUGUGGCAUCAAAGACUUGGUCACAUGAACAUGAGGCAUAUGACCAACAUCAUCAGAAAAGGUGCAGUCAGAGGCAUUCCUCAACUGGAGGAAACAUAGAAGACUCUAUGCGGACCGUGCAAUCAAGGAAAGCAGACAUAGAGCAUAGCAGGGAAGAGGUAUGUUCUAUUCUGGUUGAUGACUACUCAAGGUUCACAUCGGUCAGAUUCAUUCGUGAAAAGUCUGAUACACUAGAAAGCUUCAAGAUCUGGGCUCUUCAAGUUACAAAUGGGAAGAAACGACUGAAGCAGAUUCGCAGUGAUCAUGGGGGAGAAUUCCAGAAUGAAGCCAUGAGUAAUUUCUUGGACAUCACAGAAUAG